AUGGAUGAUAACGAACUUCUUCAUGAAUCAUUUGAUUAUCACGAUUUUUUUGGUGAAAAUACAGAUGAUUACCAUACAAUGGCAUGUGCUGAAACCAUCAAUGUUUCAACAAUAAAUAAUACAAAUGAAAACAUUGGACAUUUAAAUACGAAUGGUGGGACACCGAUAAAAAAUCGUCCAAAUGGUAAUGUUUUAAUGGCUACAGCAGCUGAUGAAUAUUUUAGUGCGGGACAUAAUGUUACCAAUGGGCAAGUAAUUAAAACUGAAGGAGUUAUUCCAACAACAACACAAUAUUUUAAUGGAAAUGCGAAUCAAUUUAAUAGCAAUCAACAACAAACGUUUACAUUCGAUAAUAUUGUAUAUAAUACAAUUGUUCCUAAUCAACCUAUGUAUAAUAUUCAACAAAUUAAUUUACAAUCAAUUAAUAAACCAGCAACAACACCAGCCAGUGCAUCACCACCUCCACCACCACGAGUUUAUAAACCAUGUGUUGUUUGUGGUGAUAAAAGUUCUGGAUAUCAUUAUGGUGUUUCUAGUUGUGAAGGUUGUAAAGGUUUCUUCCGGCGUAGUGUACAAAAAAAUAUGACAUAUCAAUGCCAUAAAGAUCAAAAUUGUGAAAUCAAUAAGAUGACAAGAAAUCGUUGUCAAUAUUGUCGAUUUCAAAAAUGUUUUUCUGUUGGAAUGAGUAAAGAAGAAUUACGAUUAUCAAACCAAGCAAAAAAACUACUAAAUGAAGCUGAUCCAAAAGCAGCUAAUACUCGUAUUGAGCGUCCUAGUAAAAAACGACCAACUGCAAUUAUGAAACGCUCCAUUGAUGAAAUACAACAAGUACCACCAACUGAAUAUCUUCCUGUGCUCGCACCUAAACUACCACCAGCACGUCUCGCCAUUGAAAAUAAUUCUGAUGAUGAUAAAUUAAUUAAAAUUUGUGUCAAUUUACAUAAGUCAACUUUUAAUUUCAAACCAUCACAAGAUAUCGAUGAAAAACCGGAUAUUCGUUGGCAAACAGCUGAUGAAUUUAGUCAAAAAGGUAUCAUGCAAUGUAUUCAAUUUUGUAUGCAAAUGCCUGGCAAUAACGAACUAUCUAUACAAGAACGUGCACAUCUACUCAAAUUAGGUGCGCAUGAAGUUGCUCUACUACGUUUAGCGUAUCGUUAUGAGCCGGAAGAAGAUAAAUUAUAUUUAUCAAAUGGUGCUUGUGUUGAUGAACAGACACUUAUGACACAGGGUUUCGGUUGUUAUGGACAUACAUUUUUACAGUUUUGUAGAAUAUUUAGUCGAUUAGAAUUAUCCAUUGAAGAAUUUGUUUUACUAUGCUGUAUUGUGUUCUUCAGUUAUGAUCGAAUUGAAGGUCAAGCAACAAGAGUAAAAGUUGAAGAAUUACAAACUCGCUAUUGUGAAGUUGAACGAUUAUACAUAUCAAGAAAUCGAACUCAUGAUUCAAUGCAUUUCACAAAAUUACUUUUACUAUUAUCUAAAUUACGAGCGCUUGAUGCUCUAAUUGCUGAACGUCUUUUGUGUCUUCAAAUGAAUACCGACGGUCAAGUACAAAAAUGUAUUUUUGAAGUUCUUCAUCGGGAAGCAACAAAUGUUGUAGUGGACAUGGAAAUAGAUUUUCUUGAUUCUGUUGAUACAAAACCAGAUUAUAGUUGGCUUGAUUAUUCUCCAAGUGAACACGUAUCAACACCACCACAACAACCACCAACAACGACAACUACAACAACGGUUAUUUCACUACCAUCACAGCAAGCAAUUGUUAAUAAAAAUUAA